GGGAGAGUAGCAAAUAACACAAAUUUAUUCUCUGCGAAGCAUUUAUUAAAAUAGAAAUAAAUUGUUGUUGCACAAAAAGCAAUUUUUUAAUAUGCUCAUAUAUGUUGGCAGACGGGACCAAGGCCAGAUUAGUGGUUCCGCGAUUAACGUGAAAGCAACACAUACCAAAAAAUAAAAAGGAAAAAAUACCUGUUCUAGCUUGCGUGUGUGAAAAUCAAUAAGUAAAACUUCCUGGAUUACCCAUGGAAAUUGUUCGGUAAUGUGUGCCCAGAAACAAUUAUUCAGGUGUCUUUCCAAACACAAUUCCACCCAAUAAUGGCUGUGCCAAGUUUCACUCUGGUCAAUGGACACAAAUUUCCACUUGUUGGAUUAGGAACUUUCACAGUAACAGACGAAAAAGAUCUAGAAACAUCCCUAAACGAAGCCCUAAAAGCCGGCUACAGGCACAUCGACACUGCUUCAGCUUACUUCAAUGAGCACAUAAUCGGUAGAGUCCUGAAAAGUUGGUUCGAUUCAGGGAAAUUGAAACGCGAAGAUCUUUUUGUAACAACAAAAUUAGCUUCUGCAGGAGUCCAUCCUGACCGAGUAGAAGAAGACAUUUUAAAAUCCUUGGAACAACUUCAACUCGAUUAUCUUGAUUUAUAUUUGAUUCAUUUUCCUGUUUGCGUACAAGCAGGAGGUGCUUCUAAGAAUGAUCCUUCAGCUUCGGUAGCCCAACCCACAGAUCAUGGAGCAGUUUGGAAGAAACUUGAAGAGCAAGUUGAACUUGGCAGGACAAGAGCCAUUGGGGUGUCAAAUUUCAAUAAAGACCAAGUCAGUAGGUUAGUUAAAACUGCCAAAAUCAAGCCAGCAGCCAAUCAAGUUGAACUUCAUGUGUAUUUACAACAGCCAGAAUUGGUGAAGUAUCUUAAAGCUAAUGGAAUUUUGCCUAUAUCUUAUGCUUCUCUAGGAAAUCCUGGUAUAAAUGAGUUUUUGGUUAAACAAGGAAGACCGCCACGUCCAGGGAGCACAGAGCUCCUAGAAGAUCCAGUAAUCAAGAAAAUUGCUGCCAAACAUGGAAAAUCUUCAGGGCAAGUGUUGUUAAAAUUUUUAGUCCAAAACAAUAUCGCUGUCAUACCAAAAAGUGUAACUCCAAAAAGAAUUCAGGAAAACAUUAAUUUGUUUGAUUUUACUUUGGAUGUCGAGGAUGUUAAAUUAUUGACUGGUCUGGAUAAAGGUGAACAAGGAAGACGUUAUCUAAUGAAUUUCAAUCAAACCGUUUUGGAUCAUCCAGAGUAUCCUUUCCCAAAAGUACAAAGAGAUAUCUAACUAAGCAAACAAAAUAAGAUUUUUUAUUUUGGAUUAUUGUAUUAAUAAUAAUUCUAUAAAAUACACUAUUUAUUAUUAUUGAACUGCAACAUUUUCCUCCUCCUUAUCUAGCCCAUUGAUUGUAGAACUGAUAUUUUCUUCAACAGUUGCAUUUAAAUUGUUGGUAACUUGCUCUGUUUCUGGCUGCACGCUUACCCCAUCUAAAUCCUCAACUUGCUCUGCAGUUUCUUGUUGCUCGUAUCCCAAUUGCUCUUGUAAAUCUAUGAUUUUAUUUUGAUAAUCAUUAUAUUUUGUUUGUAAGCCCUUCUCUCGUUCUAGUUGUCUACUAACAUCUUCUGUUAGGCCUUGGAUUCUUCUUGGUAGCGCGUUUCUCUCUUGUUCUUGUAAAAAUUUAAAUGUUUUCAAUUCUAAAUUGGCUUGAUCGAUGUUUUCGUAGGCGUCGGUUAAUUGUUUUAUUAAACUUUGAGCUUUCGACUGAUAUCCUCCAGUGAGGAUUUUCAAUUUUUUUUCCAUUCUGGCAGCUUUUUUGGCUUCUUUGGCCAUGUGGGCUCGGUUUUGUUCCAAACGUUUUUCGGCCGACUCCAAACGAUCUUUUUUGCUGGCUAAAUUAGCUCUCGUGUAACGAUUCUGAUUAGGCAAAAACAACACUUGACCCAAACAUUCUUCCCAAACUUGAGUGUAAGCGUCCAUCGGCAAAUCUCCGUGGUUCAUGCCUUUUUUAACUACUUCCAUUUCCUUUUUCAACAUUUGCUUUGCCGUUUCAAGUUCUUCAGC